ACCUUGACCGAAGACUCAAGCCGAUAAGGGGUGGGGGUGAAGGUUGGAGGCCUCAGAACCAGAGGAAAAAGCAGGGAGAGCUAGCAGCAGGGGGUGGGAAGGGGACAGUUCUGGACUGCAAUCUGUAGUAACAGUGGGUGAAUGGGUGGAGUCUAGGGCUGGCCAUACCCUAAGCCUGGCACAAGGUUGGUUGGUAAGAUUCCCCACCUUCCUAGGCUGAGGAGCUGCAAGUCCACUUGUACCUGUGCAAGACCUGUGUGUGUGCACCCAAUGCAUCUGGGAAGGUGCAGUCGGUCACAAGUAUCCCGUCAGUUGCUCCCAAGUGAAGGGACCUACCUGGGAUCAUAGAUCGCUCUUAUGUGUGAACCGUGCUCCUCCCUGGCCCCCCACAUCAGCUCGGGCCUCAGCAUUUCCUCCAUCACCGACACUCUCUGUGAGAUACCUAACAACAGUUGGCGUGGACCAGCUGUGGUACAGACCUCCAUGAGCAGGUAUCAUCAGGCAGCCCUGCUGGGCCUAGGUCUACUGUUCAUGUUGCUACUGUAUGUGGGACUGCCAGGCCCCCCUGAGCAGACUUCCUGGCUCUCGGGAGACCCCAAUGUCACAGUCCUGGCUGGCCUCACCCGUGGCAGCUCCCCCAUCUUUUACCGCGAGGUGCUCCCACUCCACCAGGCACGCAGGGUGGAGGUCCUGUUGCUCCAUGGAAAGGCCUUUAACUCCCACACCUGGGAGCAGUUGGGCACACUGCAGCUGCUGUCUCGCAGGGGCUACCGGGCUGUGGCCCUUGACCUUCCAGGUACUUACCAGCAAACCUUAGCCCCUGCUGCUGUUCCCAGGAUUUGGGAAUUCAGCACCUUCGAAGGAGGCAAGCACAGAGGCAGGGCGGGCAGAGCUGCUGCAGCGGGUACUACAGGACCUGGAGGUGAAGAAUGUCAUACUGGUGAGCCCCUCACUCAGCGGCUGCUAUGCCCUGCCCUUCCUGAUUCGAGGCCACCACCAGCUACGUGGAUUCGUGCCCAUCGCACCCACCUCCACCAAGAACUACACCCAGAAGCAGUUCUGGGCUGUGAAGACGCCAACCCUAAUCGUGUAUGGGGAACUGGAUCACACCCUGGCCCAAGAGUCACUGCAGCAGCUCCGCCACCUGCCCAACCAUUCUGUGGUAAAGCUACCCAACGCGGGCCAUGCCUGCUACCUCCACAAGCCACAGGACUUCCACCUCGUCCUUCUUGCCUUCCUUGACCAUUUCCCUUGACCAGGUUCCCAGGCUCCAGGCCUGGCCUGAGUGUCAAAGGUCUGGACCACCAUUCUGCCCUUCCAGGGAGGCAGUGCCUGGGAUUGGAGGGCAGAGAGGGGCAGGCCCAGCCAGGACUUCUCAUUUCAUUUCACAAGCACAAUAAAGAAAAGCAUAUAUGUCUUGUGAGCGAGUGACAGGUUCUAUGUGCUGGUGUGCUUUGGGAGAGGUGGGAAUAGGAGGCUUUGGGCUGCUUUGGGGCUGGAGUUGGAAGUCUUAAGAGUGCACUACUUUCUUAUCAUCUGCCUCACUUCUCUGUGCCUCAGUUUUUUCCUCCAUAAAAUGGGCAUGAUGGUAACAAUUUGUUGUGGAUGAUGGUUGUAGGAUUGAAUACUUCUGGGUAAGUGGGGCACUUGGUCACAAAGGCCUGGAGCAUUUGAGGUGGGUGUUACUGCUACCACCUGAUCAUUGGGAUUGGUGGGAAAAACAGGGUCUGGGCAACUGAGCUGAGUGAGUUGGGAGUGCCCAUCAGAGGUGGGGGUGGGAAAUGAGGUUUAAGAAAGCAGCACUGUUGUUGAACUGUCAAGUCUCUUCACUUCCUUGCUAUGCGUGGGUGAGCAGCCAGAGACUUGGACCCCAGGAGGGGUGGGAUGGAUCCUUCACUUACCCCCCAGCCUGUCUCCUGGGCCCAGAGGUUGAAAUCUUUGGCUGACCCUUCCCCCAGAGAGCUGUGCCCCUGGAGCAAAGAGCAGAAGUAGCUGGGAGUACACAAAGCAGCCAGGCACCCAAAUGGGCCACCCCAGUUGAGCACAACCUGAGCAUGGCCAGGGGAACAUUUAUGCCUCUACCCAGCCCUUCCUGGAUACAGAGGAAUCAGAGGGUUUAGCACAGUUGGCCAAGGGUGGUGCUCCCCACCCCUUACACUGUCAUAGAGCCUUAGGACUACACCCUCUCACC